UAUGGGGCACAAGGUAACGCCAUUUUCGUAGAGGGACAGGAGCUGUCAGGAGAUGCGCUAUAGACUGUUUUAGAAAAUAUUAUAGAACACCAAACACGUUUGUGGUUCUCAACGGCCAAACGAACAUGUAACCUGUCAGGGUACUCUGUGUUUGUUUAAAAUCUGCCCUGUGCCCGGAGCGUUGAGAAGUGGUAACUUGGCUGGCUAGCGAUAUAGCUAGCUAGUGUUUAUUAGCCAUCUAGCUACCAAAUAAUUAUCCAUACCGACAACGCUGGACUGACUCUAACCAAACUUGGGAAAACGGGAUAAAGGGUCUGCUGGUUUUACCCAGGUUAGUCUUUUUGGCCCAGUCUAAAUAACUUGGUUUAGAAGGAAGUAAGAAAUAACACGUUCGAAUUACGUUAUAGCCCACGGUCUGCAACCAUACCACUGGAGCAAAGCCGGGUAGCAGACACAACCCUGUCACACAUCGCCAGGCAACUGGAUGUUCAGCACAACGGAUGUAUGAGAACAUGUCCACCAUGGUGUGCAUGAAAGAGGACCCGGGCGAGAAGCUCUCCCAGGAUGAGAUCAUCUGCAAGACCAAGCAGGUGAUCCAGGGCCUGGAGGCCCUGAAGCACGAGCACCACUCCAUCCUGGACGGCCUGCUGCAGACGCUCAGCUGCCUGAAGCAGGACGAGGAGAGCAGCCUGGUGGAGGAGAAGUCCCACAUGAUCCGCAAGUCCCUGGAGAUGCUGGAGCUGGGCUUGAGCGAGGCGCAGGUGAUGAUGGCCCUGUCGGGGCACCUGAGCUCGGUGGAGUCGGAGAAGCAGAAGCUGCGGGUGCAGGUGCGGAGGCUGUGCCAGGAGAACCAGUGGCUGCGGGACGAGCUGGCCAACACCCAGCAGAAGCUGCAGAAGAGCGAGCAGAGCGUGGCCCAGCUGGAGGAGGAGAAGAAGCACCUGGAGUUCAUGAACCAGCUCAAGAAGUACGACGAGGACCUCUCCCCCUCCGAAGAGAAAGACUCGGACUCCAGCAAGGAGACACUGGACGACCUCUUCCCCAACGAUGAAGAUGACCAGGGUCCGGGCAUCCAGCAGCACAACAGCAGUGCGGCGGCAGCAGCCCAGCAGGGCGGCUACGAGAUCCCGGCCCGCCUGCGCACCCUGCACAACCUGGUGAUCCAGUACGCCUCCCAGGGCCGCUACGAGGUGGCCGUGCCCCUCUGCAAGCAGGCCCUGGAGGACCUGGAGAAGACCUCGGGCCACGACCACCCAGACGUGGCCACCAUGCUCAACAUCCUGGCCCUGGUGUACAGGGACCAGAACAAAUACAAAGAGGCGGCCAACCUGCUUAACGACGCCCUGGCCAUCCGGGAGAAGACCCUGGGCAGGGACCACCCAGCGGUUGCAGCCACCCUUAACAACUUGGCGGUGCUGUACGGCAAGAGGGGCAAGUACAAGGAGGCGGAGCCGCUGUGCAAGAGGGCGCUGGAGAUCCGAGAGAAGGUGCUGGGGAAGGACCACCCGGACGUGGCCAAGCAGCUGAACAACCUGGCGCUGCUGUGCCAGAACCAGGGCAAGUACGACGAGGUGGAGUACUACUACCAGCGCGCCCUGGAGAUCUACCAGACCAAGCUGGGCCCCGACGACCCCAACGUGGCCAAGACCAAGAACAACCUGGCUUCCUGUUACCUCAAGCAGGGGAAGUUCAAGCAGGCGGAGACGCUGUACAAAGAGAUCCUCACCCGCGCCCACGAGAGGGAGUUUGGGUCCGUGGACGAUGAGAAUAAGCCCAUUUGGAUGCACGCAGAGGAGAGAGAGGAGCAGAGCAAGGGAAAGCAGAAAGACGGCUCGCCUUUCGGGGAGUACGGCGGUUGGUACAAGGCCUGCAAGGUGGACAGCCCCACGGUGACCACCACGCUGAAGAACCUAGGGGCGCUCUACAGACGGCAGGGCAAGUUUGAGGCGGCUGAAACCCUGGAGGAGGCUGCCAUGCGCUCCCGCAAACAGGGUCUGGACACGGCGCAUAAGCAGCGCGUGGCCGAGGUGCUGAACGAGCCCGAGUCGCGGGAGAAGCAGCGCAGCCGCGAGAGCCUGACCUCUGACGUGGUGAAGUAUGAGAGCGGCCCGGACGGGGGCGAGGAAGUGAGUAUGAGCGUGGAGUGGAACGGGGACGGCUCAGGCUCUCUGAAGCGCAGCGGCUCCUUCAGUAAGCUGAGAGCCUCCAUCCGCCGCAGCAGCGAGAAGCUCGUCCGCAAGCUGAAGGGCGGCGGCUCGCGGGACAGCGAGCCCAAGAACCCUGGGAACGAAAUAAUCGUCUGAAAAAAAGCCGUGACCUGAGUGCCAGCCACACGGACCUGGCGCAUUGACGGUCCAGUCAGGAUCCUGGGGGGAGAAGCCAGGCGACGUGAGGAGAUGGUGGACUGGAGUUAUUCCAGCCAUUUCCUCUCCCCCUCCAGUCUGACUCCUCCAGUCAUAACCUGACAUCAUCUUUUCCUUUCCCAACCCACAACUUACACAACCAACUCUAAACGUGCUGUGUGUUUAAGUCUUUGUAGGCCAAGGUUUAUCUCCUGUGAUUGCACUUUGAUGGCCGUCUUGUUGUUUGUUCCUUAGAAAGUUGUAUUUAAUUACGUUUUAAAGAAUGUUAGCUGUGGGGCUUCCAGCGAGAAGCGUGACAUAAUGAAGGAUACAGACUUGUAAAGGGAUGCAAUUCCUGUGAGUGACGAGGGGUGACGCAUUGACCUGAGGGUGAAUGUAGUCGCCAGCACUGAACUCUCUACGGUCAUCAGUGGUUGCUUCUCCUUUCUGUUUCUAUGUGUGUCAGUUAUCUCCAUGGAGAUGAUUAUCUAGAACAGUCCAGCUCUCCAAAUGGCUGAGUGGGCAGUGCUGUUCUGAGCUCUAUAGCACUAGUGUCUGAUGCCUACUGUAGUUUCUCGCAGUCAUGUCUUUAUUUCUCAGUCUUCUUGCCUCCAAAUUUAUGGUUUUGAUUUGAUUGGCGAAGUGCGAAUUGUAUUUUAUAAAAGUAUCUGUUUACAUUGGGUGGUGUAACUUAUGAAAUAUUUUAUACUUAUUAUUUUUGAGGGGGUUCAACUUCAGGGGAUUUUUAAAAGCCUUGAAACAAGCAUUUCCUCCCAGCUGCUUAAAAGCUGUUCGUGAUAUGAUCGCCAAGAUUUGGAUUUGGAGAUUGUUUGGAAUGUGGUUGCAGCAUAACAAUUUCAAUAUUUGAAAGGAAACCAUUUUUUUCUACAAUGGCUUUGGUGCACACUCUGCACUGAAUCUUUUAAAUGCACAGCUCUGAGAAGGAAGCUGUCGCCAGAGCAACAGAACAGUAAUUUCCAGGGCUUGCAUUUAACUAAAAUCAACACUAUCCUAGUGCUAUAUAUUUAAUAACACUGACCUCAAGUUUCAAGUCAUAUAGGACGGCUGCACUCUGCAAACUUUUGUGUACCACUCAAAAAAUAGAUGAAAGUUUAACCCAAUUUCAAGAAAGAUGCAGUGUCUCAGUACAUUGCACUUUCAACUAAAUCAGAUUCAGUGUUGCGCAAUUUAGACUCUGUGAUGAAUUCUAAACAAUUACAUGGACAGGAGUCUACUUUUAGAUAAAUGGUGUUGCUGACCGUGCCAGGAAUGGCGUAAUAUUAUGUGUUGGGCUAUUCAUCAUUAUUAGGCUGUGACAUUGAUCAGCUGACCACAUGUAAUUGGAACUUCCAUCUCCCAAGAGUGGGAGAAACAUCCUUUCAGCCCGGUAAUACUGUCAACCUGAAUUUGCGUGGAAGUCCGAUCAGCAGUGACUGGAUUUGCUCAUUCUGUUAAUUAAAGAGAAUACGCUCCAGAGGUAAGCCAAGCUUAAAAGAUGAAUUUGACACUUAGCUCUUGCCUUUAUUUGUGUCACAUGGCUUCAGGGAUUUUCGUAAAAUGCAAAUGAUCGCUGCUUUAUCUGCAUCUAAACUGCCCAGCCGGUUCUUGGCUUCAUAAGGUUGUUGAACCUAGCUGAACUCAUGAGAUUGUAAUGACCUUUAGAGUGGUUGUCUGAAGAUUCUCUCGAUAGACAAUGAUCCCCUUUACUCAGGAUAAUCGAAUAAAAGCAGUCCCUUAACUUCCUAUGAACCUUAGGAGUUCCCUCACGUGACUAUUGACCUCAUGAAUUGUGCUGUAAGGCAUAGGAGAGGAACAUGGAAUGUUACAAAGUAAGCUUCUUAGGUUUGAAGAUCUUUUUCUCACUCAGGGGAAACAGUGAUAUGAAGCUCUUGUCGGUUGAGGAACCUCAACCGUAACGUAAAGCUGAUUGGUCAUGUGUGCGGGAAGGGUGGCGCAUGUCCAGCAAGAAAGGGAAAAACACGUCGAUUGUGUGGAUCUACAGACCAUCGAGCGGCGUUGCUUCCCUGUGCUUCAGAGAACCUGGUCAAAGGACUCCCUUGUUACCUUUAUCAUUCAAUUCAGAGGCUUACAGCCUUGUCUCAUCAACGUUUUGCAGUCCGUUACAAUCUAGCAAGCAUGAAACAUGUCCAGAUGGUUGCAGUGUGACUAUGUGCAAUAUUCAAACUGUUCUUUUUGAAAGCUGUUGUAGGUUUUUUUUUUUUUUUUUAUGCCCACACAUUCUGUCGACAGAGAUUAGAUUUGCUUUGCCUUCACUAAAGCCUUAGAUAUCCUACACUCUGUAAAAAGUCUGCAAACAACUAUAUUGCAAAACACAAAACUCUGUACCUUUGCUGCCAGUACAUUUAGCCUGUUACAUUAGAGUGCAAGAAACAAACGUGGUUUUUUUUUUAUGUUACCCGCUGCUAAGUUUCAGCAUCGUUGAGAGACCAUUGUGUUAGUUGGGAGAUCAAUGAGUGUAAACUGCCUGUAAACAUCAGCUUUAUUUGUUAUGUUGUCUGACUGUUGAUCAGUUUGUCUUUUGAUCAAAAUAUUUUAAAUGUUUAUUAUUUUCUUUUUUUUAAGACAAGGGUUACUGAAAAAAGCACCAAAGGGACUGAAUGACUGAAAAGGUUUUAUGUUUGAAGGCACAUAUGGAUUUGAAGUUGGAGGAAUACAGUUGAAGUCAUCUUUGAAAAUAAAAAAAUAAUUUGUACAUGUCUAUAUAUGGUCUAUGGUCACAGUAAAAAAAAAGAAAAGAAAAAGAAUGUUCUCAUACCACAUUUGUACAUUCAAAUUGAAUUUUGAACUGCAGCUAUAUUUAGCAUAGCUAAACCUGCUAUAGCUGCACUGGACAUCAAACUAUCCACUUAAUUGUGAUUGCAAUUUUUAAAAUUAAUUUCAAAAUGAUGACAAGUGCACAGUGAUUGGGUCUUCAGCUCCACUAUCGGGCCCAUUCGUCAUGUUUAUUUGCUAUUUUAAUGAAUUGGUCUCAAAAUAAUUUAGUAUUGCUCUUAUUAAAAUGUGCUGGUUUUAGUCUCCAUUUUUGCAUGACCAAAACUUACAAUCUUAAUCUUAGUCUUUGACACAGGUUUUGAGUCCCAUGACUUUUGCAACACUAAUGUCGAUGACUGCUUUGAUGGAUAAAAAGGCUAUAAAAAGGCUAAAUUAAAUACACUGUGGUACUUUCCUAGUAGGAACCAUUCAGAUAAAAAUGUGGCAAAGGGACACUUUUUUUUUUUUUUUUGAAUACACCAACUUAUGAUCCUGUAUGCCAGAUCUUACUGGGUGACUUGCAUGACAUAACCCUGUUUUAGCUGUUGAUACUCUGCUGUUGGUUUGAUAUUCUUUAAGUGCACUACUUGUUCCUUCCUGUGGGUGGCACUGUGUGUGGUAGGGAGGCCAGGUCUGGGGAAAGGCAGACUCAGUUCAGUGCUACGCUGUAGUGGCCACACCUGUCAACGCUGCCUGUUGAGCUGGCUGCAUCCUCUGCCUCUCCAGUGUGAUGAAAUACUGUCUCUGCAAGUCAUUGUAUGGUAAAUCUAUACAAAAACAUCAAUAAAAAAGGAAAAUGUUCCACUG